ACUGGCUUCAGACUCCAAAGCUCUCUCUCUGCGCCUCUCUCUGUCAUCUCGCUCGCUCCGUAAUCCGGUUCAAUGGCACCGAAGAAGGAGAAGGCACCGCCGCCGUCGUCGAAGCCAGCCAAGUCCGGCGGAGGAAAGCAGAAGAAGAAGAAGUGGAGCAAAGGCAAGCAGAAGGAGAAGGUUAACAACAUGGUGCUUUUCGACCAGGCUACCUACGAUAAGCUGCUCUCUGAGGCUCCCAAGUUCAAGCUCAUCACGCCGUCCAUUCUCUCUGAUCGUCUCAGGAUCAACGGCUCUCUGGCCAGGAGGGCAAUCAAGGACUUGAUGGCUAGGGGUUCCAUCAGGAUGGUCUCGGCUCACGCCAGCCAGCAGAUCUACACCAGGGCCACCAACACCUAGGUCUUAUCUUGUUUUCGCGUUUUUGAUUUUUGAGUUGGUUCUGAUUUUGUUCAGUGUUAGACUAUUUAGAACUCGUUUUCGAUUUAGUUUCGGCACUCUAUGAGAAUAUGAGAAUUUCGACUUAUCGAUUUAUCUUAUGAAGUUACUGCAUUGGUUGUUACUUAUGCGGUAUUUGUUGAA